AUGCAAGCCACCCACCCGUCGCUGUCCCGCACAUCCUCAACUACAAGCAUUGACUCUGCCGACGAGACUAUGAGCAAUAGCACGGUGACCGCAACCCGAAGGACACGAAAACGGUUCACCCAUGCCCAGCUCGUUAUGCUAGAAAACCUCUUCCACCAAAACUCGCACCCCUCGCGCGAGGACCGCGAAGCAGUCGCGAAAGCUGGGUCAAUGUACACCGUUCCACCUGUCUUCGACGCACUGUCAGCCACUAAUCACUCGACCCAUUUACACAGGGAAAUAAAAUCUGUCACUAUCUGGUUCCAGAACAAGAGGCAAACGGAGCGCAAAGUGGCCGCAUCCACCGCAGCAGCAGCCAACAAUGCCAACCGUGCUGUCCCAUCUUCCUCUCCUCCACCUCUCAGCAGCAGAAGCGGCUCAACGACAUGCACAGCGCGUCUUUCUCUGGAUCGCGUCGCGUCACGGUCGGAACUGCGGUCCCCAGCAGCCCGUACGCCCUCACGACGCAAUCCCAACGGUGCCAUAUGGGACAACAUGCCCUCUUCUCCACUUGUGUCGCCCACCAGCCCUCCCUCACGCGAGUACGUCGACUUUGGUAAGAACCCGCGCACACGGCGCACGCUAGAGUGGGCCUGUGCGGCUGCACGUCUAGCAGAGAGGGACACACCCGUUUCUCAUAAAGGGGGCAGGACGACUCGGCGCCAAGGCCUUAGGAAGGAAGCGUCAGCGACAGACCUGGACUUGACGGACGAGGAGGCUGACGAGGCGAUCACACCACCCAGUACGUGGGGGAAGGACGAUAGGAGGUGGGCGGAACAGAUAGGUGGCGGCGGCGCUGGUGGGAAGCAGCAGCCCCUUCCCAACGGUGUAGAAGAUGACGACAUGUUGAAGGCGGCUCUGGCCCUCUGUGGCCUUGGUCGUCGAUCGAUGUGA